CCGAUGGCCAACGAUUCUAUCAUACUAUUUAUUAAUUUUUUAUAUUUUUAUUUUCAGGGUGGUGGUACGCUUGAAUUGAGGCUUGGUGGUGCUGAUAUUUCUGUAAAUAAUGAAAAUGUUUUGGAAUAUAUCUUUUUAUUGAGAAUCGCCUUAUUGUACGAAAUAAAGCUAGCCUUGAUGCAAUGCGUCGCGGUGUCUUUGACGUAUUACCAGCUGAUGCAUUAA